AGAAACCAGACGCGGUCGCCUCUGCACCACCACCGCCCGCUCGACGCAGGCAACGGCCUCGACGACGACGACGACGACGCCCACUUCCAUGUCUGCGCCCAAGCUGCCCGUCGUCCGCCUUCCCGUCGUCUACAGCAGCGGCACCCAGACCGAUCCCGACGCCGCGGGUUCGGACGGCGUUAUGGUCGAGCUACCGUCCUCGUCCAAGUUUGCUUUCGCCUGGCCGAAGGACGGCACGGCUCCCCCUGGAGGCGCGGCGGCGCCGUCGACGAUCAUGGAGCGCGUGCCUGCGCUGGGCGAUUCGGCGUCCACGUCGGACGCGGAUACGGACGCAUCGGACGCGCACAGCGAUCACGAGGCGGGCGGGAGGGUCCCGGAUAGGAUUGACGGACGUGCAGGGGUGGCGCAGGGGACGGACGCGGGCCAGCAGGAUCUAGAGGAACAGGACACGGAGGGCAGCGAAUACACGCCCACCAACCGGCUGCACCUCGACGAGAACCCGCUCGAGGUGCCCCAACCCGCAGAAGGCCCGCCGCCGCCCCUGCCUCGCCUCACUCGCGCCUUCUCGAUGCCCGUCCCGUCCCAGCUCGGGCACCUCAAGAACCCGCGUCGGGGGUUCUCGAGCAUCAGCAGCAACUCGCCACCCCAGACCGCGCUCGAGAGCCCGAUCGCGCAAGACGACUCGCCUUUGUGGACCCAUGAGCUCUCGCUCGAGCUCGCCGACUGGGCGCAGAUGGUCAUCCAGACCCUCCUCCAGCUCUCGCCGCCGCAGGUGCUCGAUCCGGCCAAGGAGCAGUUCUCCGCGUGCUCGCUCUCGAUCCCGACCCCGUCCAUCUCGGCCAUGUUCACGAGCAUGAAGAACCUAAACUAUAUGUCCGCCAAUAUGUCCACGUUCGCCUCCGGCCUGCCCAGUCCGCCGCUCACGUCCGGCUCGGACCGCCUCCCGUUCUCGAACGGUGUCAUCUCCGACUUUGACAUCGGCGAGACGCUCCAGAGCCUGGGCGACUCCAUGAGCGGGUUCGCCGCGGACGCCGGCGUGGAUCUCGUUAUAUAUCACGGCGACGUGGGCCUCAAGCACGUCUCGGUCAGGGGCGACGAGUGUGGGAUAUCGUACACCAUAACGCAUAUACUGCGGCAAGUCAUCUCCACGGCCAAACGUGGCGACUCCAUCGAAAUAGGCCUCUUUAUCGCCGACACCACGCCCCUCACGCCCGAACCGGAUGACGGCGCUCAUCCGCACCAAUUCGGCAAGCUGCGCUGUGCGAUCGACAUCGCGCACAAGUUCUUGCCCGAUCCAGCGCCGACCACGGGCACGCUCGACUCGCCGCCGCCCUCGCCCACCGCGACGCGCCCCGAACCGAACUACAGCUCGUCCGUCCUCCGCCGUCUGCUCCGCCUCCAGGACGCGAGGUUCCUCCCCGCGGUCCCGCCCAAGACGUUCUCGCUCGGCCGCGGUUGCGAGGUCGUGUUCACCCUCCCGCGCGGCGACCCGGCGGCGGUCAACCCGUCCGUCGGGCUCACGCCCGAGGAGGCGCCGUACGGGCACGUGCGCAUCGCGAGCGAGCCGACGCUCGACGAGCUCCAGGCGUUUGCGGAGACGCUGAAGGGCCGGAAGGUCACGCUGUACGCGAGCUCGAAGGGCUCGUUCGCGCACCAUCUGUCGAGCUACCUCACCGCGUGGGGGUUGGACGUCAGCCACGUCGCGCCCGAGACGGGCGUCGGAGAGGGAGAGCAGGAGCCUACGGAUGCGGGGUUGGAGAGUAUACCGGAGAUGGCGACGACGGAGGCGGUGAGCGGGAGGAGCAUGUUCGGGCCGGGGUCGGUGGGAUCGCGGAUGACGCCCCCGCUGAGCGCGUCGUCCGUGGACGGGUUUCCUUCGACGUUGCCCGAUUCGGCGUCGGCGCCUGCCAUGCCGAAUGCGUCGGUCCCCGCUGCGCAGCAUGCGCCGCUGGUGUUCAUCGACGACGACGUCCUGGUGCUUCGCGAACGGCUCAGGAAGGCGCGCGCGGAACAGCCGUACCCUCUACAUAUCGGUCGCAAGCGGCCCUCGCUCGCGGCGAACCACCGCCCGCGCUCGUCGCCGCACGUCGCGCGCUCGCUCGGGCUGCCCGUGCAACAGGGCUCCGCCGCUCCCGGCUCCUCGAACGCGUCCGCCGGCUUCGCGCCGUUCAACGCUCAGACGCAGCCGAGCGUGAUCAUACACUUUACGAGCCUGACCAACUACAAGCUCGUCAAGGACGCGGUGCAGUCCAUCUUCUUCCAGCCUGCGCAGGCGCGCGUGCCGGAGGUGAUCGUGAUACCGAAGCCGGCGGGGCCGCGGCGGUUCCUCACGGCGCUGCACACGGCGGUGACGAAGCCGGUCGUCGACCCGUUCUUCGCGCCGAUCGCGACGAGCCCGAUGUCGCCCGGCCUCGCGUCGCCGUUCUUCGGAUUCCCGCCCGCGCUGCACCACGCGACGGCCAACAACGCCGGCGGUAACGCCCACGUUGGCGGCGUCGGAUCGAGCGGACAGAAUAGUAGCAGCGGCGGAAGUGGAAGUGGAAGCGGAAGCGGAAGUGGAAGCGGGGGAGGGUCGAGCAGCGGGAAUAAUAGCGGGGGGAACGGUCAUGGCGGACGGACGCCUGGGUCGCCGCCGUCGAGGCCGCUGAGUGGGCUCAGGGGAGGGUCGGAGAAGACGCGCAGCCCGGGCGAGGUGGUUAUGGGCGGUGCGCACGGGCACCAUCCGCUCCCGCCGAGCCCGCUCGCGACGAGCGAGGGGAUGGAGUAUUUUGCGGAGGCGGCGGAGAAGCUGGGGACGAGCCCGAGCUCGGGGUUGGUGAUACAGAGCCCGGACGGGCAGCCGGCGGCGAUCUUCUUUCAUCCGAGGCCGAAGGGGUCUGGGUCGGGGCGCGCGCAGACGUUGGGUCCCGGUGUUGGGCUGGGGUUGGUGGAGAAGGGGACGGGUACGGUGGUGGGGAGUCCGAGGGUGGGGAGUAGGAGACAGAGCGGGGAACGUGGGGUAGAGAGGGAGGAGAAGGGGAAGGGGAAAGAGAGGGAGAGGGAGGAGAAGGAGAAGGAGAAGGAGAGCGUGCAGCAGCAGCAGCAGCAACAACAACAACAAGCGGGUCCAUCGACGCCGGCGAACGUGAAGAAGAGCCCGGUGCUCGCGGCGACGGCGUUGGCAGAGGCGCGUCGUCCCGCGACGAUGGUGACUGCACCGACGCCGUCGCCGUCCCCGUUACAUGUCGAGACUCCGCCGAGCUUGCAGGCGAUCGUGUCGGCGGGGAUGCAGGUGAUCUCGCCCGACGCGGUGAGCACGCCGGGGCUGCCGAGGCCGGUGAGGCGACAGAGCGGGGUCAUGCUGGAGAGGGAGAGGAGGGAGGGCACGCCGCCGGUCAGUCCGAGGAGCGAUGGGGCGGACAGCGCCGGAGGGCACACGCCGAGGAUCGUGAGGAGGAGGAGGAGUCAGGCGCCCAGGGGGAGUCCGGUGGUGAAGCCUGCGGCGACUGCUUCUGGCACGGGCGGGGAGAACAAGGUCGUGCCGCCGAUCAGCGUGUUAAUCGUCGAUGACAACCCGAUCAAUCAGACGAUCUUGUCGACGUUCAUGAAGCGGAAGAAGAUCAAGUAUGACGUGGCGAAGGAUGGGGCGGAAGCGGUUUCGAAGUGGCGGACGGGAGGGUUCCAUCUGAUCCUGAUGGACAUUCAGAUGCCGGUCAUGGACGGUAUACAGGCGACGAAGGAGAUCCGGCGGAUCGAGAAGAUGUACGGCGCCGUCGGGCCAGGGACGCCCUCGUCCGACCUGGGCACGCCGUCGGAAGCGGCCUCGUCGCUCUCUGCCGACUCGCGGAUCACGAGCCUCAACCUCAGCUUUGGGGCGCCCCCUCCUCCGUCGCCGUACCGGUCUUCGGUGAUCAUCGUGGCGCUGACGGCGAGCUCGCUGCAGAGCGACCGAGUAGCGGCGCUGGCGGCGGGGUGCAACGACUUUCUGACGAAGCCGGUGUCGCUCGUGUGGUUGAACAACAAGAUCAUCGAAUGGGGGUCGAUCAAGGCGUUGCAGAUGUGGGCGGAUCUGAGGCCGGAGGGGGCGAGCGUGCGGGCGGUGAAUUCGGGGCAGGUGGCGCAGGCGAUGGCGAGGGGCGUGGCGAGCCGGUUGCAUGUGCCGGAGGGGAGGGCGACGCCGGGGGUGAGGAGUCGCGAGGGGAGUUUGUCGAGGGUGGGGGAGGAGUUGGUGCGCCGGGAGCAGAAGGAGAAGGAGAAGACGAGGGCGGGUGUUCGGGCUGGAGAGGCGAGGAAGGAGAAGGAGAGGUCGCCUGGAGCGGAGACGAGCGCGAGCGACAGCGACCUCGCGGCCAAGUCGGUGCUCACCCCGCCGUCGGACCUCGCCUCCGCUUCCGCGUCCUUGUCGAGCGCCAGCGCCAGCGCGUCGUCGCUCCCUAACGCGGCGUCGGCCACGUCUUCGGAGACUGCCGUGGACCUCGAGACGAUUCCUCCGACGAUCACGGCAGCUGGCGCGGCGUCCGAAACCUUAGAUCCCGAUCCGGCCUCAAGGGCGUCGACGCCCGCGUCGUCUUCGGCCGCGCCGUCGUCCUAUCACACGCCCGCCGACGGGGGCUCUUCGCCCCGGGAUAGAGACUCCGACGACGAGGCGCCGCUGCCCGGCGCGUUCCCGACGCCGAAAGCGGUCGACUUCGCGCGGGAGGAGGAGGGGGAGUCACACGUGCCACCGCUCGCGUCCGAAUGACGGUGCGAGGCGGCUUUGGGGGUUCUGAGCUGGAUCGUGCUCCCGUUGGCGGUGGUGCGCGUUGUGUAUCCCCAGGUCGCCGGGCUGUUGUUCCAAAAGACGAGUCUAUUCUGAGGUGGACCGAACGUGGCUAUGGACCCCCCGGUUCCCGCUCCCCCCCUCUACCUACCUCCUCCCACCUAAACGCCUCUCCUUGAUUCCCGCUCCUCGUUGCUCUGCAUACCUCUUCUCCCCACCUUCGUUCCACGUGUUUGUCUUGUUGCUUCGGAUUUUUUCUUAUCUCCCUCGUCUCUCGUCUCUCUUUGAUGGUCUUUCUUAUUUUUUUUCUGGUCAAGGGUCUUCUCGUCUUUCCUCUCCUCAGGGUGUUAGGCAACGGGCUCCGUUAUAUUCUGGCAUCGCACGCACACACGAAGUUAUUCGCACUAUACACCACAGCAAUCACCAUGUCGCAC